AUGAGUAAACAUAUUAGAUUUGAAGAAAAUAUAUUAAUAGACGAAGCAUACACAAGCCAUGGUAAAGAGGACAAGAAUGCCGAUCAUAAAAAAGGUUAUGGUAUAGCUAAAAACUUUGCGGAGUCGAUUGAAUAUGGGGAGAAAAAGCAUUGGUACCAACAGAUGCCUGAAGAGCCAUCAACAAUUUCUAAAACACUAUCACAUAUAGAUCUUGAAAAUUGUAAGAAAGAAGCAAGUAGUGCUCUCCAUGGCGAUACUUUAGCCUAUGAAACAAAAUCCAGUAAGUCUGGUUCUUCCGAUUAUCAGUGGGCCAAAACUCUCCUUAAUAAAGGUACAAUUGGAGAUAGAGUAGCAGCUGCAACAAUCCUUAUACAGGAUAACCCAGUGCACAACUUAACAGCCCUAAGAAAUUUAGUAAAUAAUGUAAAACCAGCAAAGAAAAAGGAUGGAAUAAUUAUUAUAGAUGCCUUAUCAGAGCUUUUUACAGCUGAUUUGUUAAUACCAGAUGUGAAAUUACGUACAUUUGACCAACACCCUCUUGGCCAUUUAGAUGAAAUGACAUCUGGUAAUAGACAGUUGCGUAGGAAUAUUCUUAAGCUGUGGUACUAUGAAGAUCAAGUUAAGGAAUUGUAUGGAACCUAUGUGGAGGCUUUGAAUAAAUUUGCCCAUGAUUCCGUCGAUGCAAACAAGGAGAAAGCAGUCAGUGCUAUGUCAUAUUUACUGAUGCACCAUCCUGAACGAGAAAAGAUGCUGUUAACGAAUAUCAUCAACAAGUUGGGUGACCCAUCGCAAACAGUUGCUUCAAAAGUGAUAUAUCAUCUGUGUCAGUUACUCUAUAAUCAUCCGAACAUGAAGAGUGUUGUUCUGGCUGAAAUUGAGAAGAUGCUCUUUCGUUCGAACAUAUCGCCGCGUGCGCAAUAUUAUGGAGUUUGCUUCUUAAAUCAGUUUUAUCUUGGUAAAGAUGACUCUAAAAUAGCUGAAGGUCUUAUUAGGAUAUAUUUUUCGUUCUUCAAAGCUUCAAUUAAAAAGGGUGAAAUUGAUUCGCGGCUUAUGUCGGCUAUCCUGACCGGCGUCAAACGCGCAUAUCCAUUCGCCGACAAGGAGCGACUGGCGGAUACAUCAGCUCACAUAGAUGCUAUACAUAAGUUGGUUCAUCUUGCUGGUAUCAACGUCGCCAUUCAUGCGUUAGCACUUCUCUACCAUGUCAGCGAUGCCUCUAAAGGUGCUAGUGAUAGGGAUUGA